CCUCUGCAGCUCACUCUACCCACCUCGCCCCCCCCCUUCUUCAGGGCUGGUGGUGGUGCCCCCGCUCGCUGGCCGCCCGCUGGCGCCGCCGCUGGUGCGGUGCUCUUGCCUACGGCCUUUUUUCCCAUGUGAUAGCCGAUUUCACGUGUCCGCCCCAAACUUCAUCCCCAGACCUCCAACGGCCCUUCACCUUCGGCUCCCUCAUGCUUGCUGCGCUCAUGGGUCCAUAAUCCGAGCAAAGCACCGAGGGCCACCCGAGUGGGAACCUCCAAAAAAGUCAAGGCUCACUCGUUCUUUAUCAUCUGCCCAUUCCCCCUCUGCCAGAUAUAUCAUGCUUCAUCUUCCCUCGGCACAGUCCAAUGCUCUCAUACCACCAUCUUUCUCUCUUCUACCUUUGCUCUAGCACUUCUUCCACAACCAACAGCCCAUGAUGGCGACUAUAGAACCUCGACUCAUUCACUUGCUGAACGAGUCUACUACUCCCCAGCUUGCCAACAACGACCUUCCACCUCUACAUGCCUUGCCUCUCCGCAGCCCCGGUGGUCAUCCUCUGCCUCCGUUCGACCGCGACCAACGGUCCAGAGACGGCCGAUAUGCCACCACCAACUCGGCUGGCUAUCCGCUGAGCAUGGUACUCGACGACUCAGAUAACGGCGACUCCAUGUCCAACACCCGCGACAGCAGCCCCGACAGCCAAGACGACGGUACUUACAAGAAGCGCAAAGACGAAUUUGUCCAGCUGCCACAGCCCAUGAAGAAGCAAAAGGCUUCUCAGCAACAGAGCCUUGUCAUGCCACCCAUCAUCAACGGCCUACACGAGCCACCACCUCAUGCCGCCCUCUUCCCACCCAUCUCCUCCAGUACGUACGAAGCCGACGCUCACCACAUCGCCAUGCAAGAAUACGGAUACCCCGAAGAGUACUCGGGCAGACGAUCGUCACCCGAGACUGAUAAGAGCUCCAACGGCAAGGGACGCAAGCGAGCUACGAAACCCCGACGCAAGUGGUCCGAGGAGGAGACCAACCAUCUUUUGCUCGGUGUCAACAGACAUGGUGUCGGCAAGUGGACUAGCAUCUUGGAAGACCCCGACUUUCACUUCAACGAGCGUACCGCCGGCGAUCUCAAAGACCGAUUCCGCACCUGCUGCCCCGAUGAGCUGCGCUCUUCGGGCAAGGCGAGCCGCGAUUCCAAGUCUAGCAAGUCCAAGUCGUCCUCCAAGAAGGGCUUACACUCCGAAAACAUUCUCAUUGAAGAGGAAUCACGGCCCAAGGACCUCAAAAAGUCGUCUGACUCUUCCAGCAAGCAGAAGAAAAGCCGUGCUCACCGUAAGAACAUGGAGGACCUCGCCGAACUGGGCAUCCAUGGCCCUUUUAAGAAGUCACAUCGCCGUGAGCGCCGCCCAUUUACCGAGCAGGAUGAUCGCGAGAUCCUCGAAGGCCUUGAUAUUUACGGUCCUGCCUGGACUAAGAUUCAGAGAGAUGCUCGCUUUAACCUCUCUAGUCGCCAGCCUACUGACCUGCGCGAUCGCGUCCGAAACAAGUAUCCCACCAUCUACCACCGCAUUGAAAAGGGUACAUUCCAGACACGCGAGUCCACCCGCGGCAACGAUGUCAUGGAGCCUUCUAUCAACAUGAACAUUGACCACACCUUGAAGCGCUCCAAGUCUUCCAAGGCGAACGCUGCUGGCAGCUCUCCCCAAUCUCGCGAUGACGCUCCUCGCUGGCCAGCUCACGCCAUGGAUACGGGCGACUAUGCUCAUCACUCUCAAGCCUUUGAGUUUGGUGAUGUUCCCGGUCCUCACUUUAUGGGUGGCGAGAUGGACAUCUCUCGUCUGCUCUUGGAUGACUCUAGAAUGGUACAGAGCUCCUCUCGCCACGGCAUAGACUCGUCAUCUGGCCCAUCCUCCCCUACUGGCCUGGACAUUCGCCGAGACCGCUACGAUCACUACACUCUCAAGUGCUAGAUGUGGUUCUUACAUGAACCAAAACUUUUUCAUGAUAUCCUUGCACUGCAUUUACGAAACACCACCCCAGCCUGCAUCAGUAUGCAGCAGACUAAUAACCAUUUCACGAGACCUGGACACACGGAACACUUUUUUCAACAUGAACGGAGCUGGCGUUUGAUAUAGACUUUUGGAUUUUACUGUACUUUUUCCUUUUCAUAUGGGAUGUUUGGCAUGGCAACAUUGCUUGUGCUACCCAUUUUGUCAUACCCUUUUUUGUUUGUUUAAUAGGAUAGAAGGGAAUCGUCAGAGACCCUGUUUAGUUUAGGAUACCCCCUUCUCAAUAGUACUACCUGGGCAUGUGUCCCGCAGUUUCACAUCAACGUUGCAGUCAUCCGAUGUGCUCGCAAGGAAUAAUAAGAUGAAGCCAUUAUAGCCCACCACGCGUCUGACAUGUGUCAAGUCAAGCAACUUGCCAUCUUCUCUCUCGCCCCUCAUCUAGCAUUUUACAUGUGAG